AUGGACUCUAUAGAAUCUCUCUCUAAUUCACAGUCAUUCUCAUCCACUUCCAAGAAGAAUGUGAAUAAUAACUAUAAGUUGGCGGUGAAAUAUUUCAUGAACAAGAGCUUCCAAAAAUCGUUCGAAUUGAUUGCCAAGCUUUACGAGAAGAGUUUCCAUCAGUUCAGAACCGGAGUAAUACCUGAGCAAUUGUUUUUAAAGAUAGUUAACUUUUACUUGAUUCAGGUGGGAAUCAUCUUAGAUAGCAGUAGGAAGGACGUACAAGUUAAAUUAACGCCUAUUGAAGAAGUAAGUUGUAAGAAUCAACUAGCUACCGAUGACGUGAUCAUCCAGCUCAGAGAGAUAUACGGAUCCAAUGAUGGCAUACCGUACGAAAUUGUUUACAACUUAUACACAAGUUUAUUCAUAAACAGACAUGACUUAGUUGAUGAAACGACAUUAUUGGACAAAUUUAAUUCGAUUAUAUAUACUGUAGGCGCCGAUGAUGACGAUGAUGUCUUCCUCAGAAAGUUGCUAGAUUUGUAUGUGUUUGAGGUAUUGCCCUCGUACAACAAAUUUGAUGAAGCCCGGAAUCUAAUCCAAACUCAUGGAAUUUAUUCUCAUGGCGCUGAUUUAGAGUCCAACUUGACAAAAUUAUCUGUAAUUAAGAGCGAUUCCAUUAAAAAGUCCGAAAUCGAACGGAAAAGAAAAUUGGAAUCGUUGGCAAAGAAGAAAGAGUUGGAAAAGUUGGAGAAGCAAAAGGCUGAAGAACAAAAGAGGGAGGAAAACUUGAACUAUAGAACGCUAAAGCAAAUAAGAAACAGCCAUUCCACAGAAAGUGCUGAGACCGUUCCCACCUCUCACAAUCCUUCGCAUAAUUCAUCUUCUUCCAAGGUUUCAGAUUUAGCCAAAUUGAAACAAAGGCUCUUCUACCAAUUAAGUAUAUCCAAAGACUUUUUAGUUGACAAUUACCCUGUAUUGGUUGUCGUUAUCAUAAGUCUUUUAGUAGGCACGCGUUUCAUUAGGUCUCGUAAGAUUAACGUGAAAGAAAAGUUGAUGGAAACCUUGAGGAUGGCGCUUAAGGUUAGUUAUUUGUAA